AUGAGUCAUCUUCCAGGAGUAUUGUUCUUCUGGAAAGAUCCGGAAAGACCAAUUGAUAUGAUACUUCUCCAGUCAGAUCAGUCCGAGAGUUUUGUAGAAACAAGUGGAAUUGCUGCAUUAUUGCUGGAUGGGGGCCACACGGAACAUUCGCUCUUCAAGAUCCCACUUAAGCUUGACGUAAACUCCAUGUCAUCAAUGAUUAGCAAGGAUAUGUUCCAUGAUGUUAGCCAAACAAUGCAAGACAUUAUGAAGUCAAUGAAUCCACUACUUGAGCAUGUACCCUUUGGGGAAAUCUCUCUGUCUUUGGAGGAGAUUUCUGUCAGGUUCUACCUGUUGUCCCUCAAGCCUCUAGAGCUCAAAUAG